UCUUGUUUUAGUGUCCGGGGCACUUGCAAACAUAUCUGCAAUAACACUGCCUGGAAAUAUGAGCCAUUUUCUCAAUCCUUCUCAUUUCAAGCCAGCCGCCAAUUCAUCUCUGGUGCCGCUGGUCCCAGAGACGAGUAAGAAUGUAUCUCAGGAUGAAUUAAUAGAAGCUGAGGAGAGUUCUAGAACUGAACGACGAGCUCGGAGCCGUGGUGUCAGGGUAAACCAGAAUUCAUCAACUCAGAAACAAAGAACGGAUGUUGUUAUGGCCAAGGUUGGACCUGAACCUGUCCCAAAUCCUCUUGAACGAACCAUGUCAAUUCUUGACUUUACUCAACUAAGAGCUAAAAACUAUACAAGUGUUUCUGUUGUCAAUAAGAAGAAAAAUUACAACUGUGAGUUUUGUGAUUUUAUGACACCUCAGUUUAAUAUGUUAAAGAUACACUUGAAGAAAACCCAUUUAGAAAAUGCAAAUAAAAAUGUUCCUGAUCAUACGGUAAGUAAGAAGAGCGGGAAUAGUGAAGAUUCUUUGCUGAAAGUGACGAGCAAAUCGAACGAAAGGGUUCGAGCUGCGUCAGAUUCUCCUGUCAAAGAUAAAAGAAAAGCUACCAAGAGUAUUUUAAAAACCAGUUUACUUGCUUCUCAACCACCUAGGCAACCUGACCAGUCCCCGAUGAAAGCAUUAAGGGGUAGAGCUAAAAACAAGAUUUCUCCUAUAGUAAGAGAUACAGAGAAGCCGUUGAACCCGGGUAUAAUGAGUAAAGCUAAGAGUUCUGAACGCACCCUGAACACCGGUGCCAGGAAAAAUUCUUCGGAAGGAAAGGAUAAGACGAGUAAGACCAGACAGAGGAGUAAAACUAAGAGUUCUGAACGAACAUUGAACACCAGUUCCAAGAGGAAGUCGCAGGAAGGGUUGCGAGUAUCGUUGGGCAGGAACAAAGAAGGAAAGAAAACCAUGAACAAGUCUCAAGAGAAAUCCGUUUCAUCGAGUAAUAAGAGUAAAGAUAGAGGAAUGUCAACUGGUAGAAAUAUGUCUAAUGGUAGAAGUAGAAGCACAGAUCAGAACCGUGGAAGUAGUGCUAAGUGUACAUCUCUAACCAAGGAAAGGAAUACCUCCCAAAGUAAAAGCAAAGAUCGUAAUUCUGACCAGAAAAACAUUGAACCUCAGAAAAGAAAGUCUCUAGAAACGCUGGUCCAAGCCAAGAAAACAAAAUCAAAAUCUCCCAAAAGACCAAUCAAAGAACCCGUUCUUGGCUUUGAUGAGAAAUAUUUUCAAAUUACGGAGAAACAGGUGAUUUGUUUGGUGUGUCCAGGUGUUAGUAAAAUGCCUCAUAAAAAUGGAGUAAGACACAUGAAUACCGAAAAGCAUAAGAAAAACGUCCAGAUCAGCAACAAGGAACCAGAACAGGAAACACCGAGUUCAAAGAAGAAAACGGAUAACAAUAUAUCCCAGUUUGGAAGAUUGAGAAAGAACAGAAGCUCCUGGAUUGACAUGAGUAGUGAUUCGCCGAGUUUCCAAACUCCGGUUCCCGUCAAGAAAAAGAAACCUAACACCAAGAAAAAAACUACUGAUAUGAAGAAAACUAGCCAAGAUGAAACCAUUAUUAAAGAACCGGAGAAAGUUCGACGUUUGGUGAAAAAUCCUUUCAAAACUUUAAGCAGUAAAGAAGCCCUUAAAUUAUCCAAGAGUUCAGCUUCUGUACCGGUUAGUGAGCUAAGUGUAAACCCUAGAACUGUAAAGGAAAGGAUGAAGAACCAUGAGAUUAUUUCACAGAUAAAUAAAGAUCAUCAGGAUGAUUUGUUCCAAGGGGCACCUGAUCUUUGUAAUCUUCUGAAUGAUGACGCAUCUGAUGGAAGUGAGAUAAGUGUUGUCUCUGCAAGAACCCCUCUGGAAAAAUAUCAAUCUAACAGGAUUCCUAAAGAUGGUGAAAAUAAGACCCCGAAUCUACUGGUAGAGAGUAGUCCUGAUUCCCCAGUCAAAAACACGUUUAGCACACAAGCAUUUAUUCACAAGAAGAUAGCAGAGAAUAAGAAGAGUUUUGCUCGUGAGCUGAAGAGAAAGAAGUUUGUAUCAAAUCUCUCUACAGAAUUUGUUACUCAGGCCGCGAAGCAGCGUAAGAUUGACGCAAGCUGUCGUAUUAUUGAAACUUUGACGCAGAUGUCGGACGAUAACGAAGAUUCUGACGCGGAAGAUUGGUUUCCUGACGACGCCAAUUGCGGGAUUUCUCAUCUCUCCGCGCAGGGAUCAUUCCUCAACUCCAUUCGUUCCAGACAGCAGAAAAACCAGGGUAUAUCAAUACUUCAAAAAACGAAAAAGGGUGAACAUCAUCGACCUCCCUCCUCCCUCUCCAGCUACGAUCCCGGCCACCUUGACGAGGCCCGAUCCCCCGGACAAAACUCUGGGGGCGGAACCCCCCGCCUCUCCCUACCUCCAGGGCGAGACGACCUCUCAGAGGCCGGAGACGCGAGCAAUGCAAGUGUAGGAUCCGGAGACGGAUCAGGGUGUGACGACGACGACCCCACCGGGAAAAGCAAAAAUAGCAAAAAACGCGGCAUUUUUCCCAAAGUUGCGACAAAUAUCCUGCGCGCCUGGCUGUUCCAACAUCUGACCAAUCCGUACCCUUCGGAGGAUCAGAAGAAACAGCUGGCGGUCGACACAGGACUAUCCAUACUUCAAGUUAAUAACUGGUUUGUCAAUGCACGUCGACGAAUCGUUCAACCCAUGAUUGAUCAGUCGAAUCGAGCCGGUCCCUCCGGCUACCCCUCCCCUGACCCCACCGCCAUGGGCUACAUGGGGAUGGACAGUCACACCGCCGCGGCGAUGAUGGCGGGUACUGCUAGACCUGGGGAAAGUCCCUAUGGACUAUCCUUAUCAUGCAUACAACGCCUAUGGACAUCUUUAGUGAAAUUUUAGACAACAAAUUAAGUGCAAUUCUCUCCUUGCACUCUUGUGAUAUUGAAGUAAAAUAUUAAGACUGCUCUACACUAUCCAUUGCUCGAUCGAUUGAUCGAUUGAAGAAAAAUCGCUGCACCGACGGCUUAAAGCUGGGUGCAGCUACCUAGUCCUUAGAGCAGCUACGCACUCAUGCGUCACUUACGCCCGGCCUAAUGCGUAGGAGGACGCUAUUUGACAUUAUGUAUUCAUAUUAUUCAUAAUUUUGGAUUCAAUUGCAAUUUUUUUCCUUUCACGUUGUUUUGGCUGACUACCGAAGAUUGAUAAACGCACGUUAUGAGAAAGAAUUGCGUAGUUCAUCCUAGCUUAUCUUUCACUUCAUUGUAAAUUUAGUUUCUUUAAAAUUAUAACCGUGUUAUUGUACUGAUGCUUUGCUUGCUGUAGAUAAAAUAUUAAUGAUUGUUAAUGUCCAGUAAUUUUUUGACGUAAACUUAACAAUUACUGCGUUCUGAUUCCUCAGAACUUUACAAAUUUGUAUCUCAUUCAGAAUUUUUAUUUCAGA